CUAAUCGAGGAGAUGGUUACGCUGUGGAUAGGAGAGGCAUUCGAUGUGCUUGAGGUGGCGACAGACCAGCGCCAUCUGGUGGACAGCCUGCUGGGGAAGAUGGCCGACAUUCCGAGGCUGAGCAUGCCCCACCUACUGCAGCUGCAGUCGGAGCUACACGAGCUGCAGAAUUCCUUUAGCAAGCAGGACAUUGCUGAAGCAGUAAAGGUACUCCAGGAUGCAAGAGUCAAGCAGGGUCGAUUCCUCGAGUACAUGAGAGAACGUGCGAGUCAGGCUAAGGGACAGAUCGAUGGACUGAAGCGGCUACGUUCUCUGAGAACACAAUUCAACUGAUCGUGUACAUCUUUCUGUGGAAUAUAGCCAGUGAUAGCAGUAUAAACAAUAAUAUACAGUUAUACGGUAUAUCUAUCUAUCUAUAUAUAUAUAAACAAUAAUUAUAGCUGAGCUCCAUACAUUUUUUCAUUUUUUUGUCAUAUAGGAUGAGGGAAUUUUUUGCUGGACUUCGUGGUCCGGUACCCCCAUCCCAUAGUGCAUUGCAGUUUUUCCAUUUUUCCAUUGUUUCAGUUGUUCCAAUUAUUUCAAUUGUUGCGCUAGUUCUUUUUAAAAUUCAUCGGUGUACAUUCCAUUACAACAACGUUUAGCUUCUGCCUGUCUUGCUAAGAAUAACUUUUCCGAAUGACGUGGUAAAGAAAAAUAUGUUAUAUGACUGAAGAAGCGCUUGAGACAGAAAGAGAAAGGAGCAGAAAAAGGAAAAAAAAUAUUAAGGAUGAAAAAAAAGAAUGAUUAAGGGAAAGAGACAGAGCUGUGUGUGUGCGUGUGUGUGCGUGUGCGUGUGUGCGUGUGCGUGUGCAUGUGCGUGUGUGUUUGAGCGUGUGCGGGUGUAUGAAAAGAGACAACUAACACAAUUACUAGUUAUUGGUCUUAUAAUGACAAGUAAUAUAAUAUCAAUUGUCUAAAUUAUGCUGUUGUGUUUCUCGUUUUCCCAUUGAUUUUAUAACGAUCGUUUUUCGCUAGAACGUUGAUACCAGAACGCUAAAACGCUAAAACCAUCUUUUUCGCUAGAAACCAUUUGACGAUGCGCACUUUGGAAAAUAGACAUUAUUUGGUCCAUAAUAAUAAAGAAUAAUAUAAGGAUAAUAUAAUAUAUUAUAUAUAUCAUAUAAGGAGAACGAAAUGCCCCUAAAAUGCAAUGUAUUCGUAAAAAUACCUACUUUUCAAGCAGUGGUAAAAACAAAAUAAGUAAUGUUAUCCGAA